GCGCGCGCACGAGAUGUUCCGCUCGGCUUUGCGCGCGGCUGUGCCCGUGUAUCCCGCACACCACAGCCAGGCUCCGGCAUGAACUAACGAGCCAGCUAGGCAGUCAUGGAAAAACAGUGUUCAUCCCCGAGACGCGAGCAUGGAGUGUUAUGAAAGAGGAGAGCGGGGAAGCGGCACUGGUGUCUCCUGCGUCUGAAUCCAUCGCUGACAGAGAGAGUGAGGCUGAGAAGUGGCUGGACCGUGAGGCGGAAGAGCUCCCAGCUGCGGGAUAUUUGGACAACAAUGGCAGCUCCCCCCCAGCAGUGAGGAGCUUUGCUGGCCUCCCCACCUCCCUCUCUCCCCAACACCCUGACACAGCCCUCCUCUGGAUCAUCCUUCCCUUUUACCCUUGCUCCGUCUUCUUCAACUGCCUCCACCUCCCAAAGCCGUACAGUGCAGUCUCUCCUCCAACCUCCUAGCUCCCAGUUCCCUUUUUUGCUCCAAACAUGGACUCCACUGAAGACAUGAGCUCCACUCAGAAUGAGCUGGACCAUCUUGACGGCAGGGCCGGUUCCACCCGUUCCGAUCUCAGUGGCCUGUACCACCUGGGUCGGACGCUGGGCAGGGGCCACUUCGCAGUGGUCAAACUCGCCCGCCACGUCACCACUGGGCAGCUGGUGGCCAUCAAGAUGAUUGACAAGACCAAACUCGACAUCAUGGCAACAAGCCACCUCCUACAGGAAGUGAGGUGCAUGAAGUUGGUGCAGCAUCCAAACGUGGUCCGCCUCUACGAGGUCAUUGACACGCCCACCACCCUCUACCUGGUCAUGGAGCUGGCCGAGGGCGGCGACCUCUACGACUACAUCCUGCGCCACGAGGGGGGCGUGGCCGAGCACACCGCCAAACGCCACUUUGCGCAGAUUGUGCGUGCCGUGGCGUACUGCCAUCAGCUCCACGUGGUGCACCGAGACCUGAAGCCCGAGAACGUGGUGUUCUUCCCCCAGCAGGGGGCUGUGAAGCUGACAGACUUUGGCUUCAGCAACUUGUUCCAGCCCGGGAUGAUGCUGGCCACGAGCUGCGGGUCGCUGGCGUACUCUGCUCCAGAGAUUCUGCUGGGAGAGGAGUACGAUGCACCGGCCGUAGAUAUCUGGUCUCUUGGGGUGAUCUUGUACAUGCUGGUGUGCGGAGUCCCUCCCUUCCAGGAAAGCAACGACAGCGAGACUCUCGUCAUGAUUCUGGACUGCCGCUACUCCAUCCCUGAACACGUUUCAGAUGAGUGCAAAGAUCUGAUCUUCAGGAUGCUCCAGAGGGAUCCAUCCCGCCGUGCGUCACUUGAGGAGAUCGAGGCUCAUCCCUGGCUACAGGGUUUGGAUGAUGCCUUGCUCAGCCCAGAGGACCCUCCCUCCUGGCUCUCAGGCGCCCUGUCUCCCAGCUCACCCCGUCCAGGAGUGCCCGAGUGCGGGGACCUGCUCGCAGCGAGGCCCCCGUCUCAGCAGGCCUUCCCUGGGCCUUGGCAACCUGGACUGAGCCUCAGCCUUCGGCCCCCUCCCCCUGAGGAGCCGCCCAUCACCAAGACGCUGGCCGCACUGCAGCAGAUAUGUGAGGAGGAAGAGGAAGAAGAGGAGGAGGAGGAGGACGAGGGUUUGGCAUCAAGGCCUUUGCUCAUAGCAGAGGAAGAAGCCACUGAAGAGGGUCAGGCAGAAAGAUCAGUGGAGGGGGCGGAGCAGAAAGAUGAGAAGAGGGAGCAGAGAGAGAUUGUAAAAGACAGAAAAGAGAUGGACCUUGAGGCUGAGAUAGACGGGGAUGUGGGUUCAGACGAUGGAAAUGAUCCCACCAGUCAGACGCCUGAAGUCCCGCGUCUGUCUCCUCCUGGUUUCAUGGGAGUGCAGUGCUGUCAGGGGCAGCCAGACCCCACAAGCGCCGAGGAAACGAAGGAUGACGAGACAGAACCCAACAACAACACCAACAAACCCGAGUCCGACUGCCACCUCUCCCCCAUCUCCUCCCUGCCCACGCCCUCGGCCGGCCUGAACGGGAUGGAGGCACAAAGAACAGGCGGAGGAGGACAGGACGAAAGAAGGGAGGAAGGGUCCCACAUUGCACUCGGAGGGUCUCGGGAGGCGGGGCCAGAGGCUGCUUCCAGGGCGGAGCCGGGGAAAGGGCGAAGCGUGAAGCUAAGAGAGAGGCUGUUUCAGUUUCCUCUGUGUGAGAAAGCCCUGGCCUUCAACAUCCCGACGCACAACAAGACCAAGAUCCUGCCCCUGGCUCAGUACAACUGCUGCCAUGUGCUAUAGGUCCAACACGCCGGGGCGCCCGCCUGCCUGCGUGGGGCUGCUGCACUCCGCUCCCGCCUCCUGUACAUACCCAGCAGUGGCACACAGGCUGUUUAGCAGUCAGAGUGACGCCAGCUCCAGAGCACAAACAGCUGAGAGCCAGACUGAGACAAAGCAUGUGAAGCGGCAAACUGCUGAGCGUUUCUGCUACACACACCUCGAGGCAGGAGAGCAAAGCCCCUCAGCAUGCAAAUAGAAAGUGUGCAGGAUGGGACGUCUAACGCAUCACACACACACACACACACACACACACGCACACAGCACUAGCAGCAGCACAGAGACCAAGCAGAAAGGCACGCAGAGAAAAGCACACGUCGCAACCAUUUCCUUUUUGUGUGUUUUCAUGUGUCGGUGUAACAGCACAGUAGUCCAUUCUCGAAGAACCUCGUCCAUCUGCUGCUGCGGACAGAACAGGGGCUAGCGUGGAAACUCUCCUGUGUGCAGCCAGAGGGAACCAGAAUGGACCUGGUGCACGGGAAAGAAACAAGACAAUGGGAGAUGUGACUUUACAAACAGGCUGUCAAGGGCACGACGUGACGACUGCAACUGUUUAUACUGAAAUAAGCUAUAAUCUGUAUUGUGUAAAAGGUGCCUAUUAUGAUAAAAUGGGUUUCAUACUGUAUGUGGCGAUUGUGUCACCUCUGUGAUUCUCACUGCAGAAAGAAAAAAAACAAAAAACAAAAACAACCAUGCUCUAGCACUACUACUCAAGUACAUCCAUGAUUUCAUAUGUAUAGCCUAUGAAUUAGAAUCAAAAUGGGUCUCUUUGUUAAAAUCAUUGAACCAGCUUCUGCUACAGGGUAGCGUCCCUCGCCCUUUUCCUUUUGCACAACCUGCCUCUUACAUGUGUUGAAUAUUGUAGGGUGGUUUCAAAGCUCUUAUUAUAAGCUCUUCAAGGAGAAAGACUCUGACUGUUAUGAUAUGAUAUGAUAUGAUAUGAUAUGAUAUGAUAUGAUAUGAUAUGACUGAGAUAAGAUGACCUAUAUGAAACAUAUUCCUGUUCCUAAGAUGCUGUCAGAUAUAAUAGUGUAUGAUAUGAUACUAUUGACGGGGAUGCAGGUCUUCCAUGGUAUCUAUUUAAACUUAUUCUUUUUAAACCCUGUUAAAAAUUUUAAUAAUAUUAGACUUUAUUUUAUUUUGGAUGUGGAUAGAUAUAUAUAUAAAAAAAAGAAAUACAAAGUUUCUUGAUUUUUUUAGAACCUGUGGCGAAGAUAGCAUUUCUUUCAAGUGAUUCUUUAAGAAUUUACGAGAGAUUUAUGGCUCUGUGCAUGGUAUUAAUGUUGUUUAUCACAAUAUACCUCCAUGUGUCUUGGAUUUAACCGGACAUUGUACCUGUAUGUAACUUGAGGUGAUCAUCUACUGAGGUCGACAUGAAUGAUGAAUUGCACACAAUACUACUGUAGAUGUUAGCCUUCAUGCAAGCAGUAUUCUGGGACUGAUGGAUAGUUUGAUUAUUUGACACACUGAUGUCUUAUUAGGUAGCAGAUGAGGCAGACAGAGUCCCUCAAUAUGAUGUUAUUUUUUAUCAUAUGAUGCCUAUGUGUGCUUCUAUAUUUUCACUUACAUACUGUAUUUUCCCUCUUUUGAAGCCAGGUUGAGAAGUGGAAAGUUUUGUACAGGAAACGAAGGCCAAAGGGUGUAAAAUAAGCUACAUCUUCAUCUUAUAUUCCAGUAGAAAUAGCUUUUUCCUGACGCUCUCCUGUCUGUGACUGCAGUUACAUGGGUUCAAAACAUUGGAUUUUCAACUUGGGACACGUGCGCCGGUUCUCCCUCGGCGAAAUAUGGAACAGCUAUCAUGUGGAAUCAGAUUAUUACUCAUCUUUAAUCAGCCAUGAAAACAGAAAAUGUGUCCAAAAGAGGGAUAAAAUUGCAUUAUUUGUUCCUGUGUAAUUGCAGCAUGUCUCCCCCUAGUGUGUCUGUGUCUGCUGACCUGCAUUGAAACUAGGACCAUGUCUCUAUGGAGAGAUUAACUUAUUUUUUUCUGUAUUUAUUUAUUAAAAUGGAUUAAAUCAA